CUUGAAGAGAUAGUUUUUACUACAAUUGAAGAUGAAAUUCCAUUCAAUUGUUUCGUUUGCAGUCUCUGCACUUUUUGCAACCUCUGCUGUUUUAGCCGAAGAUGUUCAACAGGAACAAGCAAAUGCCGCUUCAAGACAAGAACCUGAAAACUCGGAAUCAAUUAAAUUUUUAAUUGAUUACGAUAUUAAAGAGUAUCCAGAAGUCUCUAACACCAAUGUUGCUGAGUUGAAGAAUGGUGAAGUGAUUACCUUACAAUAUAACGCAGUCAAUAAUGAAGAAGAAGACAUCACCGUUGUUGGUGUUGGUGGUACAUUCCGUAACCCUGCAAACAACAAGAUUGUUACUAAUUUGACUGCUGCCACCAUUGGCCCAAUUGUUAUCAAAUCAGGUGAAAGUGUUGCCUUUGACCAAAAAGUGAAUUUGGAAUUGGUUCCUGAUAAUUACAUGUUAACCCCUCAGGUAUUCAUUGCCUAUAAAGAAGAAUUAAAAUUAAUUCAAACCAGAGGCCAAUUAGCAAGUGUUAAUGAUGUACCAAUUUCAUUUUUCAACCCCCAAUUAUUAUUUUUGGAAUUAAUCAUUGGGUUGACCUUGGCUGGUUUUGGUUAUUUUGCUUGGCUGGUUUGGGGUCAAGUCUACUUUCAAGGAACUUCUCCAAUUAGAUCGAAGAAGAUAUCUGCUCCAAUUGCGGUAUCAACUGGAUCAAAGACCGUUAAUGAAGACUGGCUUCCCCCAAAUCAUUUGCAAAAUAAGAAAAAGAAGACCAGAAAAGCUUAUUAAAUUAGUUAUAAUAUAAAUAAUUUGUCUCUUUUUUUUUGAAAAAAAUUACGUC